CUCUGAUUACCCUUGUGUCGUGUUGAUGAGAAGGUGCUGCCCGUUGAGAGCUCAUUUGCUUCCAUAUUAUUUCUCAUUAUUCGCAAAAUAUCCAACAUUACCAGUGUCGCGCGUGGGGCUAAAGGCUCUUUUCAAACCGGGUCUAGCUUGUCAACUUUUGCCAGUGGGCAACGAGCCGCCUCUCUUUCUCCCGCUGCCGUUAACAGAUCUGAUCCUAAUUCCGGCACCUUUUCCCCAUCAGUCGCUCGAAUUCAGCAAGCUGCAGAUCCUUCCGCUCGAGCAGCUCAGGGAUUGACCCUCGCCGGCCACAUCAGCCUUCUUGAUACUCGUCUCCUCCACUUCAACUCCAUCUCCAUGCCACCGACGUCAAAUCGACACCAGAUCGCAAACUACUGGACACAAACCUAUCGACCUUUGCGCCUUUCUUCGAUUACCAUUGACUGGUACAAUCACAUCCGGGAGAGCUUAGCAUGGCCACUAGCGAACGGCCACUGAGCUUCCUGCCCACUAUUAAAUGCUCAAGUUGCGGUGUAGAUAUUGACAUCUCACAAUUGGCCGACCAUGUCUGUGCCGUAUCCUCUGCACAGGCAGUCGAACCGACUGCUCCCAAGCUGGAUCGUGCCGCAACCUUUGGCGCGUCGAGAUUCAGUUCCAACUCUCCAAACCAAGCUCGACCAGGUCGCGUGCCUCCACCUCCAAGAAUUGACCCUUCUGCUGCCAAUAAACCAUUCCGACCGCAAAACCAAUUGACACCAUUGAGUAGCUACAGCGACCCGAAGAGUUACUCUCCGUUAUCGCCGAUAAACGCAAGGCAGCCCUUCCAGAUGAACAGGAGCGCGACCAGUCCCAUGCCACUGCCUUUAAGCCCCCCUUCGCCCGAUCUACCGUCGAAUAUGGAUUGCGCGUUUCCACCGUUCCCAUCUCAGACACCUCGCUCAGCAAAGCCAAGGUCCAAAGACCGACUGGAACCAACUUACUCACAUCGAUACGCAGAGGCGGACCCUAUGUAUGCGCCUCUUAGUCCUCGCAUGAACGGGGGAGAAAGUGUGGUGAAGCGAAUGGACACAAUAGCACCUGGACCAUUUGAUGGGAGAGGGGGGGAUAGCAGGCCCAGCACCUCUAACGGACGUAGGACACCGGUGCAACAUGAGCCGACACGGGGACACAGGAGGACUGCCACACAAAGCAGCACAUAUAGCAAUUCUAAGGGUCCUAACCAGAGGACUUCGGUAGCAUCUAACAGAUCUCGGAGCUCAACAUAUUCGAACGGUAGCGUAGGAUUGCCCUCCCGACCAAAGCUGGGUCCUGGAGGGGUGCCGCCCCCCCCUCGUCUACCCCAAACCGAGGGCAUCGACGCUUUUCUGAACCGACUACAGAAAGAAACGAUGGAGCCACUUCAAAUCGGUCAAGACAGUCGCUCGAGGACUUUCCCACUUCGCAAAGAAAGCGGGGAGGAUGCUGGUCUUCCCCCUCGACCAAGAAGGCCGUCCGAAUCGAAUGGCUCUGUAAGACGACCUACAGACAUCGAGUCGUUCAAGUCAGGACCCCGACCUGCCAACAUGUUCCCUGCCAAGAGUUCAAGCCGUGCCGGAUCUAAAUCGGGUAUUACCCUGGACAAUGUUCCGCCUCUACCAGUAAUACCAGAUUACGAGAAGAACUUACCACCGAAACCUUUGCACACUCCAUCAGAUUCAGGCCAGUCUGACGAUUCCGUCUCUAGUUCUGGGUUCGGGAGUGUGGCGAGUUCGCGAUCUAGCCCCCCCGCCUCGGUGGCUUCAGCACACUCGCGAAAACCCUCGAAAGUGGGAGGUAUGAAUUACCUCGGCGAGGUUCGCAUACCGAGAACUGCCAGUCCUGAUGAGCUGUUCAUGGAUAUACCCCCUCCGCGGCUCGACAAUCGGGACCAGCCUUCAGGCUACAAUAAGGGAAAUGCACCAGCGCCCCUCCUGCAACCUCCUCCCAUGCCCUUCUCGGACGCUCCGGAAUCCCCUUUGGAUCCUGCCAUCCAAAGAGGUCUUUUAUAUGAGAGGCGACCAAGUGAUCCGCAAAGCUCGAAUCAAGCGCCGAGUUUAGGUAUUUCAAGAAGCCCUCCAAAACAGGUGUCAACUUCUGAGCUACGAGAUCCAGCCAUCAGACGUCCGCCCGCUGGCAAGGGUAGAUGCCGAGGCUGCUCAGAGCCGAUUGUUGGCAAGUCGGUUAAAGAUUCGUCUGGUCGUCUUACAGGUCGCUAUCACAAGCAAUGUUUCGUUUGCAGGACAUGUCGUGAUCCAUUCCCGACCGCUGACUUUUACGUAUUCGAAAACUCUCCCUAUUGUGAACAACACUACCAUCAACUCAAUGGAUCAUUAUGCAAAUCAUGCGAUCGUGGAAUUGAGGGCCAAUAUCUCGAGACGGACCAACGACAAAAAUUCCACCCGAAGUGCUUCACCUGCCUGGUCUGCCGUAUCGUUCUCCGGGACGACUAUUAUGAGGUGGGAGGCAAGGUGUAUUGCGAUCGACAUGCAUAUCAUGCUUCGCAACAAAGCAACUUCCUUGGUCCUGGCGGAAACAAAUCUCGGAACCUUCAGAAGAGGACAACAAGGCUUAUGAUGAUGAUGUGAGGAGGUUCACGCCAUUUUGAUGUAUUUUUCUAUACAUUCUCCCUACUGUCUUUCGGUCGUUUCUCAUGUUUUGGCGAGUUUAGGCUUUCGCCUCCAGCACCAAUCGUUCUUGUUCUAUCUGGCUAGUCCCGGAUUUCUGCAUUUAUACCCAAGAUACCUUUUCAUUCUCUUCUCUUCUCGGUAUUUACUUCCUUCUCUAUUUUGAAAUAGGUCAUUGGAACGAGGACGAGCAGUUUUGACUAUUGCCAGCCGUUUGCUCGUGGUGAGAUUAUACCCUUUCGCUUAGCUUUUGCUUGUGUUGUUGUUUCACGAGUCUCCGACUUGACGUCCACUUAUAUACUGUAGUUAAUGUUUAGUGUAUACUGGC